AUGUCGCAAAGCUUCAUGACAGCGGGGGCCAGCAGGAUUGCUACCAUUGACCUGUCCCCGUUCAGUGCAUCGAAAAGAAACGCUUCCACAGAUUCACAACGCCUCAAGGUUGGCCAAGACCUCGUUAAAGCUCUCCACCGUCUUGGAUUUGUCAAAGUUACCGGCCACGGAAUGAGCAGCGAUGAAAUUAAUAAGGCGCUUGACUGGACCAAGAGACUCUUUGAUUUGCCUGAAUGCGAGAAAAUGAAGGCCCCGCACCCCCCGGGACCAAUGCCGCAUCGCGGUUAUUCCAGUAUUGGAAAGGAAAAAGUCUACUCACAAGAUGACGUAGAUUCACAGACAGCUAGUGGAAAUGUUGAGAAGACAUUACGCAAGAUCUCCGACUUCAAGGAAAGUUACGAAAUAGGCAGCGAGCAUGAUCCUGUCCAACAGAACAUAUGGCUACCUGAAACUAUACUCCCACACUUCAAGGAGUAUAUGAAUUCUUUGUACGAAAGACUAGCCAAAAUUAGCCACGUUGUACUUGACGCGAUGUCCCUCGGCCUGGGACUGGAGGGUGAGGCACGAGGUGCCUUGAAUAAGCUUAUGUCGGGUCGUCACUGUCAAUUGCGCCUUUUGCACUACCCUGCUAUCAGCAAGGAGAAAAUUCAGAAGGAAUUAUUGGCCAGGCUACCUGCUCACUGUGACUGGGGCACCUUAACCAUGCUGUUCCAGGACAGCCAGGGUGGGCUAGAGCUACAAGACCCUCAUUCCAAACAGUUCAUACAUGCCGAACCCGAAGAUGGUUCCUUCGUCUUAAACGUCGGUGACAUGCUCCAACGCUUCACGAACGGCUAUUUUGUGUCUGCUUUACAUCGAGUUUCGGUUCCAGAUCCAGAGACAGUGCCCGAGUCCGGGCUUCCUGCUCGCUACUCGGUCCCAUUCUUUGUCGCGCCUGACUUCUCUCACAUUGUGGAAACGCUGCCACAAUUCAUCACGACUGCCAACCCCGCAAAGUAUGAGCCAGUUCGAUUCGACCAGUAUGGUUCGAUUGUAAGCAAGUAUCAGUAUCAGAACAAUAACUCAUGA